AUGGCUGAUAUCAAUCCAAACCACACGAUCUACGUGAACAAUCUCAAUGAGAAGAUCAAGAAAGACGGUAAGCACUGAAAGUAAUUUUACAAAACCGAAAAUGUUUAUUUUUAGAGCUGAAACGAUCGCUCCACAUGAUCUUCACCCAAUUCGGCGAGAUCAUUCAACUUCUGGCGUUCCGGAAGGAGAAAAUGCGCGGGCAGGCGCACGUCGUCUUCAAAGAGGUCUCCUCGGCCUCUAAUGCUCUCCGAGCCCUCCAAGGCUUUGCGUUCUACGGAAAGCCGAUGCGUAUUCAGUACGCUCGCGAGGAUUCCGACGUGAUCGCCCGCGCAAAGGGCACUUUUGUGGAGAAGCGCACGAAGACGGUGACGAAGAGUUCGCAGAAGAAGCCGUACGAUCGACCGGCGAACGGAACGAACGGAAAAACGGCGAAUCCGGCCGAGAAUGGAGCAGAAAAGAAGGGAACGGAGGCGGAGGAGGGUCCGGGAGCACCGAACAACAUUCUGUUCUGCUCGAAUAUUCCGGAAGGAACCGAUCCAGAACAGAUUCAGACCAUUUUCAGCCAGUAAGUGAGGGAAAAAUCGAUUAGAAAAAACAGUUAUUGAGUCCUCAUCAUCUACUUCUUCAAUUUUUCAGAUUCCCUGGCCUCCGUGAAGUUCGUUGGAUGCCGAACAGCAAGGAAUUUGCGUUCAUCGAGUACGAGUCGGAAGACCUCUCCGAGCCGGCGCGUCAAGCUCUCGACAACUUCCGCAUCACCCCGACCCAUCAGAUCAAGGUGAAAUUCGCCAACAAAUAA